AUGGACGGACGUCCACUGACAGUGUCGGACUCUCACAUACAUCAAGUGCAGCCACCGAAAAGACAAUUCCGGAAACGCCGAUCGGAACUCGCCGUGAUUGUCCCGUGUCGUCUGGGGACUAACAACCGAAACGUUGAUGGAUGGAUGGAUGGAUCACAGGAAAAAACUCCCUCCUCGUCGUUGACCUUGCUUGACUACAGAGAUUCCAACUCGGUGUUCCGUGUAGCAGUAAUGUCUACUCGUCCCCGAGUCCUUGUCUGCAGCAACUUUUGCUUCAGCGUUUGUCUUUGGUACGGCAUUGGCACUUGCUGGGGUCGUUUCCUCACCGAAGCAUCGGCAUCAGCAUUUCUCCCUUCUCGAACGGAAUGGGGGCACACUUCCAUUCCCACCAACGCCCCAACCCGUACUGGCACACGAAACCACAACUCCGUACAUUCGAGACGGCGGCGUUUCCUGCAUUCCGUCACACCUUUUCAAAACCACCUUGGUCGUUGGCCUUCCCACAACGAUACCGUGACUGCCCGUACCGGUAGCCAAUCGCUGCGUGCCGCACGUACCAAUACACAUAUCAACAACACUGUGAAAUACAAAACCUUCGCUUCCAACGUCAUCAAUAUCAGCAACAGUACUAACAGGAAUCUAGAAAUUCUAGUCACUCCCGUCCCAUCCUUGGACAAUGGAAAACUACACACCCGUACUACCGGAUACAACUCCCGACAAAAAGGCCGUCGCCGAAAGGAAAACCAGCACCGUUGGCUCAACUGGCUGUACCAUCAGUGGUCAACUACACCGGUAGGACAACUCGAACACGCGGUGCUCAAACAAAUGGGACCGGUCAUGGCACACUACGCGAAACGAAAAUCGCAACGAUCUGCCGACCGCGCUCACGCCGUCCUGCAGCGCUACAUUCAGGAGCAUCAGGCGGGCAACAUUCUCAAGCAAAUGUUGCUGUUGGCGCGACAAUCAACGGCCACGGGAGCCGUCACGACGCGACACCGUGCUCUUCAACCCGAUGCCGUGUCUUUGGCGACCAUCGCCACGGCAUGGGCCAAAUCACACCGCGUCGAAGCCGUACCCAAAACCCUCGCCUUGUUGACGUACAUGGAACAGCAGAAUCUUGCCACCUCCAAUCACGCUUACAACAUUGCUCUGGCAGCGAUUGUCGCCAGUCCGGAACACAACAGUAGUAACCGUGGGAACUACCACAAGGCCGCUCCAGCACAAGCCAUCCUCGAACGCAUGCAACAGCGUGCGGCUCAAGGUUAUUCAAAUUGUGCUCCCGACCUGUACACUUACCAAACGUACAUGACUGCCUUGAGUCAUACCCGACAACGCGACACCCCCGAUAUCGUCAUGGCCGUCUUGGAAUUCUUGACCACGCAAUCCGACCCCACGUCCCCCGCGACAACACGAGCCCACUUGGCACCGAACGCACACUGCUACACCGCCGCGAUCCACGCGUGGGCCUACAGCAAGGCACCUCACAAGGCCCGUAACGCCUACGAUUUGUUGCAAACGAUGCGUCGUCGACACGAAGUCGAUGGUCGUCUGGAUUGUCGGCCGAAUGUGGUCGUCUUUACUGCCGUGCUCAAUGCUUGCGUCAAGCCCCUGCCAGACGAUCGAGAAACGGCAUUUGGCUUGGCGCAACUCGUUUACGAAGAAUUGCUGCUGUCGGGAUACGGCCCACCGAACUUUCUCACCUACGCUACUUUUUUGCACGCCAUACAGACGUGUUUGGACGACGACGAUCCGCGUCGGGACGUUGCCGUACGCCGUCUCUUUGCGGAUUGUCGCGACUUUGGACACGUUGGGCACAUCGUCUUGGAUAGAUUGCGGAUCGUCGCUUCCACCUCGUUGUACGAGGAAUUGUUGGAACGUCACGAACGUCACAUCAUACCCUGGUCCUGGUCACGGAAUGUCAAGGGGGAAAGAAUCCGAAAGUGA